AUGUUGGCCGAGCCUCGAAGGAAGCAAAAAAUAAGCGUAGAUCCCCAGAAUGUGCGCUGGAGGAAUGGAGAUACGAUUGGGAAAAAGUUAUUGUCCAAAAUGGGAUGGACUGAUGGUAAAGGCAUUGGUCGCAACGAACAAGGAGCUUCCGAAAACAUCAAGCUGAAGCCAAAUUACAGAAGUGCCGGUGAGUGCGCCUCUUUCUUCUUAACUUGCUCGUUAGGACUUGGCGCCGAUCACAAAACACGACAACAUGAUCAAUGGAUUGCUUGUCAUGAUGACUUUGCUGCUUUGUUAAAACAAUUGAAUCAAGGGAAGAGUGGUUCCGGGAAUGAAGAAGAGCAGCCAGAGAAGGGGGAAACCAUCUCCAUCCAAUCAGUUUCCAAGUCUUCCAAGAAAAGAAUACAGUAAGUCACAGAGAAAGACCAUACAGUCUCGUUGCAGUUACAAGUUCACUCGUGGAAAAGAUCUCUCUCUGGCGUCCGAACGUGAUAAGAAUGCAAUCUUUGGAAACAGAAAGGACAAGUCUACCGAAGAAAUGUCCAGGAAACAAAAGAAAGACGUCGAAAAUGAUGAGGAGAUUACUGUAAACAAAGAACAUUUCACCGAGAAAAGCAUUUCCGCUUCUGAUUAUUAUGCUGAAAAGAUGAAGAAAUGGGGAAAUCUCUUUAAGAAACGGUCUGAUGAGGAAGUGGUCGAAGAAGUGAUUACAGAAUCUGAUAAUGAGGAGAAAAGAAAGAAGAAGAAAAAGAAUAAAAGAAAAAUAAAAGAAGAGCAUGAAGAAGAAGAACUCGUGGAAGAACAGGAAGAGUCAAAGCGAGACAAGAAGAGGAAGAAGAAGGAGGUAUUCUAAAAGAUUACUCGUUGCGUCCCAUUCAUCCGUUUCCACUGUUUUUGUUUGACUUUGAAAUAAAUUCCGUUCUCUAUAUUCUCGUCCCUCCGCUGAUCGAAUUUGCAUACGUUUACAUUGCGGCUCCAUGUAUAAUCAAUUAAAAUAUUCUUCCCGAGUUUUAAAUAUUUAUUGGCUGGACCUGCCUUCUCUCCAGAAUUUUUCAGUCGAUGCACUCGGGAUGAUAUAAGAAGGGUUGUCUCUCCAGUCGAUUCUGUAGGUUCUGAAUGACCUUACAAUUAAGUCUAGGCAUAUGUUGCUAUUUAUGCUCCGAGUUUAUUUUGUGCGGAUUUUUCUUUAAAUCUGAUAUUUGCUGCAACCAUUACUUAUUCGGUCUGCCUACCGUAUCUAUGUCCACAAAAAGAAGUAAAUAACUUUAUUUUUCGAAUCCGGACAUAUCAGUUGUUCGCACCUGACUAAUAGAAGGAGGACCACCUUUGCGCGCCAUCUCCAGCCAUAGCCAUCUCAUGAAUAAUUCAGGAGAUGGCAUCGAAUCGAGAGUCCCGGGUGUGAUGAGUUGUCCCAUGUCGCUCUCCCUUUGUGCGGCCUAGGUGGUCCACGGGGAAGGCGAGGCCGUGACAACGACCCAACUAAUGUGGGAAUCGUUUGGCCGACUGUACGGUAGACUAAAUGAAAUUACUUUCUCCGGCCAUAAACAACUUAAUAGCGAUUAUAGAGAUGUGCUUAAUAGGCGGGUCCUCGGCUUAGCGCCGCUUGCGGGAAGCGCGAACAGGUGGCCAGAUUGCGGCAAGAAGUUGUUCGUUUAUUCAAUUACCGGGUUCAAGCCUUCCCAAACCACAUUUGCAAAUCCUAUGGCAUUAUCCUUCGCUUCCAUGAAUAAAACCCUGAUUUUAAUACAUUCACUGUUUCCAAGACAAAUAAAGCCGGGUUUCCACAGAACCAAAAAAGUUUUAGGCUUAAAGGCAACAUAAAGUCCCAUCCAUGUCGCACGGCCUCUUCGAAGCCAAAAAUAUUUCUGUAACAAAGGGAGUGUUUGAGUCAUCGCCUUAUAAUUUUUAAGGAACUCUGCUUCCGUAUAUAUCAGCGUGAUACGGUAUUUGUAAGUAAUUUCAUAAAAUGUCUCCGAAGGAAUUUCCCUUUUUUGAAGUCAUGCAUUCUUCGACAUCGGAAGAGGUUCGGCCAGGUCGGACGACGCUUCUCCUCACCAGGCCGACUGCCGCCAACAACUCUCCCUCUCCCCACCUCAUUUGCAUAAUCGCCAGGGCCUUCCUGUUCUCUUCCCUGGCUCUUCCCAAAAACAAUCUCCAAAAAGGGCCUCAAGGCAGAGAUUGAUCGGCUGAUCGCCACAGGUAUUGUCAGGCGUCGCCACAGGAAGGGAACUUGACAGUCUCGACCGAGAAUCCUCCGCCAAUCAGAGAGCGCUGUUUGAAAGAGUUGAGGGCGAGGAGUGGUUGUCGCCCCCCCCCUUUCCUCUCCCUCAGCCACAAAAAGGAGGGUCCAAAGGGGCGGGACCUGGUCGCUGGUCUGGUAACGGGAAGACUCUCUACCACUAAUACUCCAACUCCUGCCAACACUGUGCUCCACGAAAAGGCCUUCACAUUAACCGUCGAAAAAAUUUUGGCCGCCUUCCUCUCGUGUUUUUAGAUGAUAUGCCCCAUGCAGAGAGUUUCUUCCGCCACCAAUCAGUUUGAGGAAUGCUACAACGACACUCUGCAGCCCUUGAUCAAGAGCAGUCCUUGUGCCUCCCGACCUGAAGAGACCGGCACCAUUGACAGUGGAGUGGAUGUUCAAACCUCGUUGCCCCAUCAGGACGACAACAACUCCGCUCUCCAUCAUCUCUCCCUCCAACAACAACUGCCGCUCGACAUGACGGCGACGAUGACAGAUCCUCGAUAUUGGAUGUCAUCCCAAUCGAGUGCUGCCCACAUCACCCAGGCCUAUCAUCCCUUUAUAUUCCAACAAGACUGGAUGGCUUCUUAUCCUCCUCAAUUUCAAUCUCAGCCACUGCUCGUUCAACAAGAUCUGGCAUUUCAAGAUACAAGUUCUUUGGUGACCAGUAAUGCUCAAUGCAUGACUCCCUUCUACAAUAUUCACAAUCAGGCUUCCUCUUCCAAUGUUUUGCCAAAUCUUCAGGUAAGUCCGGAUAUGAGUCAUUUUUGAAUCAUCUUCCUUGUUUGUUAGCUUCUCGAAUCGAAUAUGGUAAUCAUCCUCGUUCGUUGAAGCUAGAAAAUAAAUAAAAAGAUUUUUAAUUUUUCCCUUGUGCGCUAUUACGUAACAUGUUUCUUUCUUCAGGAGGUGAAAACGGAACAAAAUCAAGGCGUAAUACAGAAGUUGCCUUCGGCCGUUGCGAUCGAACAACAAUGGCCUCAAUUCUAUGGAUGCAUGACCAAUGAAGAACUCAACUCAUUGGCCCGCCCUGACUCGGCUGGACUCAACAUUCCGGGAUGCCCGGAAGAAGAAGCUAGUUCGGAAGAUCUAGAAGCUUUUGCCAAGACAUUCAAACAGAAAAGAAUCAAAAUGGGAUUUACCCAGGCUGAUGUUGGACUGGCGCUGGGAAACCUCUAUGGAAACGUUUUUUCGCAGACCACUAUCUGUCGAUUCGAGGCUCUACAGCUUUCCUUCAAGAACAUGUGCAAGCUAAAACCACUCCUGUUCAAAUGGUUGGAAGAAGCCGAUGCAGCCAGUAACCAGUCUUCAUCUCUUUCAAUGGGAUCGGGCAUGGACAAGGUGGGCCUUGGUGGUGCUGCUGGACGUCGACGGAAAAAGAGGACGUCGAUCGAAGUUCAGAUCAAGAGCCGCCUAGAAUUCCACUUCCAAAAGAAUCCGAAGCCGAAUGCUCAGGAGAUAACAAGUGUGGCCAAUGAUCUUCAACUGGAGAAGGAGGUGGUCCGAGUAUGGUUUUGUAACCGCCGACAAAAGGAAAAGAGAAUGACGACGCCCCAGCCCUAUCCAGGAUCUGAUCUUGUUCUUCAAUCUGCGGUGGUGGCUAUGUCCGGAUAUGGCCAGAAUGUGAGUAAUUCGAGUCUUUCCAAUCAGUGUCCCUCUUCGGGAACAACACAUCUUCCCACUCAUCUAGAACACAGUGACGGUUACCAGUACUAA